AUGGAUGAAAAAAUUCAAAAAAACGACACAGACGAAGGACGACAAAUAGCUGCUUCAUUCAUUCUCAAACAGAAGAACGGCCGAGAAGCUACCGAGUUCUGGAAUCUCUUUGAAAAGAAGAGGGAGCUGGAAAAACAACAGUUCAAUACCAACAUCGACAUUCAGUUAAGCACAUUAAAAGUCAUGGGUACUGCAGCUGUACAUCAAGAGGCUCAGUUAAUUGGACGUCUAUCGAACGGGCAAGAUGACAAUUUAUUGUUGUCAGAAGCUGAUAAUGCCUCCACGGCCAAUGUCAAUUCAGGGAAUUAUUGCCUGAACGAAGUAGACAACGCAAAUCUUCCUCGAGAUUUCACAGAGAUGCAAGACUUCGUUUAUUUUUAUGAAUGUGUGGUGAAAUGGGCGCUGCUGGCUCGAAACGUCGUAAAGUCCUUUAACGAGGCAAGGAUAGAGAAGAGGCCUUCGCGCCUUUCGUACGCAGGCGGUCUACUCAAUAUGAUUGAUCCCUGA